CGCAGUCGCCGCGGGGCUGAGGCUGGCGCCGGCAUGGAGACCUUAGAGAGCGGGAGCCCGAGCGAGAAACCUCCACAGGGAUGCAGCUCUCAUCAGAAGGCAGCUGUUGAUCUGAAGCAGCUCUGUCAGCAUUGCUUCCAUUCAAAUCUUGCCCAAACUGCUGAGUUCAAGAUAACGAUGUCUCUGGGGCACUUAGCCAAGGGAGCCAGCCUAGAUGACCUUAUUGACACUUGCAUUCAUUCAUUUGAUUCUGAAGGAAAUCUAUAUAAAAAUUACCAGCUGUUAAAGGUAACAUUGACCAUGCACAGAUUUAUCGUUUCCUCCACCGAGAUGCUACAAAAACUAAUUGAACUAUACCUGGAUGCUUUGGAAAACAAUUCAUCUUUGACUUGCCAUAAGAUAUGCUAUCUUGUAAGGUAUUGGAUAACAGAAUUCUGGAUCAUGUUCAAAACAGAUUCUAAUCUUACUAAUGCUGUGGAGGAAUUUCAGGAGUUGGUGCGAGCUAAUGGUGAGGAGUUACACUGUCGCCUAAUUGACACAUCUCAAAUAAAUGCUCGCGAUUGGUCUAGAAAAAUCACACAGCGUAUAAAAUCCAACACCAGUAAGAAACGAAAAGUCUCACUUCUGUUUGAUCACCUGGAACCAGAAGAGUUAUCAGAUCAUCUCACAUACCUUGAAUUCAAGUCCUUCCGACGAAUAUCAUUUCCAGAUUACCAGAACUAUAUUAUGAAUGGCUGUGUGAAGGAAAAUCCAACAAUGGAACGUUCGAUUGCUCUUUGUAAUGGAAUUUCUCAGUGGGUACAACUAAUGGUACUCAAUAGACCAACACCACAACUUAGAUCUGAAGUAUUCAUCAAAUUCAUUCGUGUGGCCCAGAAACUUCAUCAGCUGCAGAAUUUUAAUACAUUAAUGGCUGUAAUUGGUGGUCUGUGCCACAGUUCCAUCUCUAGACUUAAAGAAACUAGUUCUCAUGUUCCACAUGACAUCCAUAAGGUGUUCAAUGAAAUGACAGAACUACUGUCAUCCUAUAGGAACUAUGAUAAUUAUCGGCGUGCCUACAGUGAAUGCAGUAACUUUAAAAUCCCUAUCCUUGGAGUACAUCUGAAAGAUUUGAUCUCCCUUUAUGAGGCCAUGCCGGAUUACUUGGAAGACAAAAAAGUUAAUGUUCAUAAGUUGUACUCUUUGUACAAUCAUGUUGAUGAACUGAUACAACUGCAGGAAAUGGCACCUCCUUUGGAGGCUAACAAAGAUCUCGUUCAUCUUCUCACACUGUCCCUUGACCUUUAUUAUACAGAAGAUGAAAUUUAUGAACUUUCAUAUGCUCGAGAGCCAAGGAGUCACCGUGCUGCACCUUUGACACCUUCCAAACCACCAGUAGUAGCAGACUGGGCUUCUGGUAUAGCUCCAAAACCUGAUCUAAAGAUAAUUAGCAAACAUGUUCAGAGAAUGGUAGAUUCUGUCUUCAAAAAUUAUGAUCAUGAUCAGGACGGUUACAUUUGUCAGGAAGAAUUUGAGAAGAUUGCAGCAAGCUUUCCUUUUUCCUUUUGUAUAAUGGACAAGGACAGGGAAGGCCUGAUUAGCAGGGAUGAAAUAACAGCGUACUUCAUGAGGGCCAGCUCAAUUUAUUCUAAAUUAGGCCUUGGCUUUUCCCACAACUUCCAGGAGACCACUUACCUAAAGCCUACGUUCUGUGACAACUGCGCUGGAUUUCUUUGGGGGGUUAUUAAACAAGGAUAUAGGUGUAAAGAUUGUGGUAUGAACUGUCACAAGCAAUGCAAAGAUCUGGUUGUGUUUGAAUGUAAGAGAAGAUCUAAAGCUACAGUGGUGGAUAACAGCCCUGCUUCAGCCCUUGCAUCUAGCCUCUGUCCCAUGGGGUUGAAGGAGCAUAUCCAUGGACUAGAAGAAGGAGGGUUUCCCUUUCCUAAUGGAGAAAUAGUUGAGCACAAUGAAGAGAGCAAGGACAGAACAAUUAUGCUUAUGGGUGUGUCAGCUCAAAAGAUCUCAGUAAGACUAAAGCCAGCUGUGCUACACAAAAGCACGCAGACUGACCUAAUUCAAGCUUAUGGUGAUGGGCUCAACAGACAACCAAAGGAGCCAGUAGUGCCAUCUGAAAAUACUUUUCUUCAGCCUGCUCCACUGUCUCCGUGCCCAAGCCCAGUUCUUAGCCGUAAAAAGGCUUAUGUAAAAUGGGAAAACAAGGACGGCAGCCAAAAAACAAAGGAAGAGCCAUUUAUUCUUAAACCUUCAUACCAGGAACUAGAGCAGGAAAGAAACAUUUUAACAGCAGACAAUGAGGCUUUGAAGUUGAAGCUUAAACAGGCACAUAAGAAAAUAGAACUGCUCAGCAUUCAAAGAAAUCACAUACUGGAUAGCAGGGAACAUGGAGACUGCUUGUAGCCAACAAGUCAAGAGCCCUCCUGUGGAAGGUUGACAUGAUGAAAAAGGCCUUUGAGUUUUAUAAAGGCUGAUGUACUCAUGCAUAUGCAGAGUGGCAAGAGGAUUUUAAACAGAGGUACUUCUGCUGAAGCGUCUGGUUCUGCUUGUUAAUAAUAAUCUUGGAUGUAUGCAUGCUCCAUUAAAGUGGUUAAAAUAGUUUGCCUUCAAGUUUGGCCAGAACAAUAUAGUUUAGAAUUCUUUUAAGUAGGCACCGUUGCUGUCUUCAUAAGAAACUUCAUUACCAAAGAAGAAUGCACAAAGUGCUGUCUCCAUACACCUCCAUUUCUAGAAGUGGAAAUAUGCCGUCAUCUUGAGCAUGUUUUCUAGAUAAAGAUACAAAUAUGGCCCAAUGUAGACUGCAUGUGUUUAAAAAAGUACAUUGUCAUGUGUGGAAACAACUUCUAAUAGAGCACAAAUCUGAAAAUGAAGUAACUUUGUAAAAUGUGUGGGUAAAAUAAUGGUUCACAAAAUGACUAGUACAAAGUCAUCCAUGUUAUUUCUAAUAAUGUAUGCUUUACUAUAGAUGCAUAGAAGUUAGAUCCAUACAAUAGAUCCAUUGAAGUUAAGUCCCAUUGAUUUCAGCUGGACAGAAUUGAGCAUGCAGUUAACUGGCUUACUAAAAUCAGUGGGUCUUAGUGACUGAUCUGAUUGUGUAUUGCCCUUGUAGAAACAUGGCAUGCUACAUAUAGCAUGUUACAAAGCAUUGUACAUUGAUGUUUCCAUGCUAAAGCUCAGGUUUAGUUCUAAUCCUUGAGUGUAUUGUGUCCAUGAAUAAUAAUUGGAAAAAUGCAUUUCUUCCUUUGUGAUUUCCCCCAUGAAUUAGAUUCCUAAGUAUUAAUAAUAAUAUUUAGAAUUUUUCAUUUGCAUUCAGUGUUUAAAGCAUUUUGCAUGUAUUAUCAUAAUCAUCAUACCAAUCUUACAAAUUAGGCCAGUAUUAUUACCAUUAUAUGGUAGAUCAGAGACUGACAUUGAACAAAAUGGCUUGCCUAAGGCUACCCAAUGAGUUUGGGGCAGAGUUGAGAUUUGAACCAGAGACCUCCUGCAUUACAGCCAGUAUGCUAAACUAGCUUCCAUAUUCUGCCCAGCUGGAAGCAGGUUACCAAUAAUGUUGCCUGGAAAAGCUGUGCUUUUGUGCCACUCUCAUUCAUUCUGGUAGGGAUUCUUCUCACAUAGAAAUGGGGGAGGACCUUGGGUUCAUAUUCUUCCUUUGACUCCCUUGGUAAGGGAAUAUUACAUUCAGCUAAUUGCAGGUUCACUUAAUUGAGGCAUUCGCUGCAGUGAGUCAUGAGGAUUAAGCAUAUAUAUGCAUGGUGCAUUUCUCUUUCUUUCCAAAUUGACUGCCAGAAACCAACUUUUAAUUAUGUGGCAUUUCUGCAAUUACUUCAAGCCAAAUGCCAGUUAUAAAUUGCCUUGUUCACAGGAUCAAAUUUAGUGACUUGAAAAUUUUCUUAUCUGUUUCACCAAUGCAUAUCUGCAGCUGUUGUAAAGGAAGACUUUUCUUCUUCUACUUUUCUAGUCUGGAAUGGCAUAGUAAUAACAGUGCAUAGAGGAUCAAUGAUGUGCUUCUGGUCAAGCAGUUCUGGUUCACAAGUGAAACAGAAUGCACAUGAAGGUUGUACAUGUAAAUCCACCUCUUUGCAUGUCCCUCAACUAAGUGUGCUGCUAUAGCAGUUUGAAUAUGGGAAAUCACAGUUCAAAAACUGGUUCAGCAGUGAUGAUCACUGGGAGGGGCCUUGACCUUUCCCUUUCUUUCUCUUUCGUUCUAAUCUGCUUCACAUAACUAAAACACUGUCAUGUAUUUCCCCUUUGAACUUCUAGGAAAAGCUGCCUAGAAAUAUUUUAUACAUAUAAAUAGGAAUAGUAUGACAACUAACAAUUAUUUUAAAAGCCAGACUCCCAUGCAUUUUGCUAUUUACACCUGUGGACGUAGCACACAAAAUGCCAAAAGGUGAUUUUUCAUUUGCUUGUGAAAUCACCUUGGGUAUGUACUGUCUAUCAAUAUAUCUAAUUCUCAAAAUGGUCAAAUCUGUGGAUAAUUAAAUCUAGAGAAAACGUAGCCAUGAAUGGACAAAAUUAAUCCUUCUAUGAACCUGAGAAAAGCCCCAGGUUUGCAGAAAAAUCUGAAAUCUUAAA